CGUGCUCUGGGGAAGUGAGCCCUGGCUGCGGACCUGCUGGGACAGCUGGUCUUGGGGGGACACCCCAGUCAGCGGAGGGUCUCCCGGGCCAGGCGGCGCGGUGGCAGCAGAUGGCUGGGGCGUGUUGUUUUGGUGAAGAACCACGUGGUGGUUUGGGUAUACGCAACCAGGGGAACGAUUACUUUCAGUUUUGUUUCAGACUUUUAAUGUGAGGUGGUCAGAACAAGUGAAAAAGUAGGUGUUUUUUUUUCCUCUGCAUUUGCAGUAGUGGAACGUGGUUGUCAUAGGUUAAUUUGUUUCGUGUGAGUGGUCAUUAUUAGUUGAUAGAAGGGUAAGCAGGUGUACUAUGAGUGGGGUCUUGUCCUCGGGAAAUUGACAUUAGGAUUGGAAAAGAGAUCUAUGUAGAGACUAAACGGACUGAUAUUGUAAGGGAGCAUGAAUAGGGCCAGACGAAAUUAAAAGGACUCAUGCAAGCAUCCCUGUGGACCUGGCUUUCCUGGACUCCUUCCUACCUACCUGGUUAUGCCCUUAUGAUCGCUGCACCACUCCGGAGAACCAUACAGACUUUUGACUGGUGUUGAGUACAUUGUUGGAAGGAAAAACUGUGCCAUUCUAGUUGAAAAUGAUCAGUCAAUCAGUAGAAAUCAUGCUGUGUUAACUGCUAACUUUUCUGUCACCAACCUGAGUCAAACGGAUGAAAUUCCUAUAUUGACAAUAAAAGAUAAUUCCAAGUAUGGUACCUUCAUUAAUGAGGAAAAAAUGCAGAAUGGCCUUUCUCAAACUUUGAAGACAGGAGAUAGAAUUACGUUUGGAGUGUUUGAAAGUAAAUUCAGAGUAGAGUAUGAGCCUUUGGUUGCAUGCUCUUCUUGUUUAGAUGUCUCUGGGAAAACUGCUUUAAAUCAAGCUAUAUUGCAACUUGGAGGAAUUACUGUAAACAAUUGGACAGAAGAAUGUACUCAUCUUGUCAUGAUAUCAGUUAAAGUUACCAUUAAAACAAUAUGUGCACUCAUUUGUGGACGUCCAAUUGUAAAGCCAGAAUAUUUUACUGAAUUUCUCAAAGCAGUUCAGUCCAAGAAGCAGCUUCCACAAAUUGAAAGUUUUUACCCACCUCUUGAUGAACCAUCUAUUAGAAGUAAAAAUAUUGAUCUGUCAGGACAACAGGAAAGAAAACAAAUAUUCAAAGGGAAAACGUUUGUAUUUUUGAAUGCCAAACAGUAUAAGAAGUUAAGUUCAGCAGUUGUUUUUGGAGGUGGAGAAGCUAGGUUGAUAACAGAAGAAAAUGAAGAAGAAGAUAGUUUCUUUUCAACUCCUGGAACUUGUGUUGUUGAAAUAGGAACAACAAACUCACAGACCUUAAUUCCUGAUUCUCAGAAAAAAUGGAUUCAAUCAAUAAUGGAUAUGCUCCAAAGGCAGGGUCUUAGACCUAUUCCUGAAGCAGAAAUUGGAUUGGCAGUUAUUUUCAUGACUACAGAGAAUUACUGUGAUCCUCAGGGCCAGCCCAGUUCAGGAUUAAAGACAACUACUCCAGGACCAAGCCUUUCACAAGGCUUGUCAGUCAAUGAAAAACUAACUCGAAGUAUCCCAGUGAAUACUACAACAUACGUAGCUGACACAGAAUCAGAGCAAGCAGACACGUGUAUGGAUUUGAGUGAAAAGCCAAAAGAAAUCAAAAGCUCCAGGAUACAACAAAACCUCAGAAUGCUUUCACAGGAAACAUCCACUAUAAAGUUUCCUCCCAAAACAAGCUCUAAUAAUAAUAUCAUAACAUCAAAUACUCAGAUUAAGGUGAACAUCCCAAACUAUCAGCUUUCACCAACUAAAUUCUCGAGUAUCAAUAAAAGUAGAGUUCGAGCUUCCCAGCAGCAGCAGACCAACUCCAUCAAAAACUACUUUCAGCCAGCUACCAAAAAAAGGGAAAGGGAUGCAGAAAAUCAAGAAACAUCUUCAUGCAAAUCAGCAAGAACAGAAAUGUCUUGUUCUCUUUUAGAACAAACACAACCUACUACACCCUCAGUAUGGAAAAAUAAGGAGCAGUAUCUGUCUCAGAAUGAAUCUAUGGACGAAAAAUCAGAUAACUUAUUUACAGAUAUAGAUUUAAAUUCCAAUGUGAAAAAUUCUGCCAAUACAGCUUUUUCUACAGAAAAGCUAAGAUCAAAUAAAAGAAAAGAAAUUGAUGAUUUGGCUAUAGAAGAUGACGUAUUGGAAGAGUUAUUCAAAAACACAAAACCAGAGUUACAAAUUGAAGUGCAAGUUCAAAAACAAGAAGAAGAUGUCAAUAUUAGAAAAAGGCCAAGGAUGGAUAUAGAAACAAGUGACAUUUUUAAUGAUGAAGUGAUACCAGAAAGUAACAAAAUAUCUCAAGAAAAUGAAAUUGGAGAGAAAUGUGAGAAGAAACGUGAGCUCAAGAAAGAAUCACUAUGGUCAAUGAAAGAAGAAGUAUCUAGCAAUGACGAUCUUCAGGACAAUAGUGAGAUGCUUCCAAGCAAAGUGUUAUUAACUGAAUUUAGAUCACUGGUGGUGAAAAACUCCAGAAACCCGUCUAUUGUAAAUAAUGAUUAUGGCCAACUAAAGAAUUUCAAGAAAUUCAAAAAGAUCACAUUUCCUGGAGCAGGAAAACUUCCACACAUCAUUGGAGGAUCAGAUCUAAUAGCUCAUCAUGCUCGAAAGAAUACAGAAUUAGAAGAAUGGUUAAAGCAGGAAAUGGAGUGGUUCCACGUGGGAAGAGGCAAAAGAAAAAAAAGGAGGUAUCUUUCUGGGCACAGGAAGAAACAUGAACAAAAGCAGAGAGAAGGUCACAGGAUCUUUAUUAGGAGGUACAAAAUCAACAUGCAAAAGAAGAGUCUCUUGCUGAUGAUCUUUUUAGAUAUAAUCCUAAUGUAAAAAGGAGAAGAUAACUGAGGAUUUUUAAAAGAAGCAAUGGAAAAAUCUUACCUAGUAAGAAGCAUUACUUAAGGCUAACUGGGAUAUAUGAAUAUAGAGAAUAUUCAAGUUACAGAUAUUUUAUGGCCUAAAUUUGUUAAAUAAAAUGCAUAAAACUCCA